CAAUUACCAAAGCGAGACGAUAUGUCGUGGGAAGAAAGGUUUGGCAAAGGGCGAUUUGAAAAUGAACAAGUUGUGUGGAUAAAAGCUUGUCUUUGAGGAACCUUACAACAAUAUGGCUUGUGAUUAUGUUUUCAAAAUAAUCAUUGUUGGUGAUGCAGGAGUCGGGAAAUCUUGUUUGCUUCGUAGAUUUGCUGACCAGUCUUUUACAGAUAAUUAUAUCAACACGAUUGGGGUUGAUUUCAAAGUUCGGACUUUAGAACUAUUUGGAAAAACUGUAAAGCUGAAUAUAUGGGACAGUGCUGGACAGGAACGUUUUAGGACAAUCGUAAAUACUUAUUACAGAGGAGCUCAUGGCAUAAUUGUUGUUUACGAUACAACUGACCGUGAUUCGUUCGAGCAUCUGCCAAGUUGGCUGAGCGACGUGUCAGAACUGGCCGAGCCUAACUCCAAAAAAAUGCUCGUUGGCACUAAAAUCGAUCUCGAUUCAGUAGAACGUCAAGUACCGAAAGAUGUGGUCUCGAGAUAUGCUGAAUCUAUAAAUGUUCCAUUUGUCGAAACCAGCUCUAAAACAGGACACAAUGUUGAGCAAGCAUUUAACCAAAUGACCUCAUUGCUGUUGGAAGAUGUUAGCUCUGGUGACAUAUCUGUGGGCGAGCAAAAUGUGAUAAGAUUAGAUGGUGCUACUCAUGCUAUUGGAGAAAAGAAUACGAGACAAAAGAAAAAGAAAUGUUGCUAAAAGACCAAAAUUUAUAGGACAUGGGCUUUAAUUGUUCUAAAUUUUCUAAUUCCCUAUAAGAAUGUUGCUGCAAUUACUCAAUAAAGAAACUCAAUUACUAAUUUGAACUUCAAUAAAGAAAUACUAAAUGAAACAAUGAAAUGAUGGUUUCUGUCAUUUGUCAAAAAGUAAAACAAAAGAUAUGCUUUUAAAUGUGGCUAUAUUUGGUUUGUAAAAUGGCAUCAUAUGAGGGUCUUCUGAUCAGCGUUAUCCAGGGUGCAUUUCAUGCAGCAAUCCCCAAUGAUCUUUGGAGUGGAGUUACGUUAUUUGGCAUGGUAUCGGAAUGAGAUAAGCAUCUGUCAGCAUAUGGUGUAAACUGUAAUUUUGGUGAAAUGGCGGAUUGGUGCAGCCUUUUCUAUAUGUUGUUUGUGUAUACAUUAAGGGGUUGGAUUUGGUCAGCAUAAUAAUUGUCAUAAACCUUUUCUUGACAUACUGUUGAAGUGGGGUUUCCAUGGAAUGCACCAUGGAGUUUUGUAUGUAAUUUUUUGCAAAGAAAAUGUUUCUGCCAGGCUAGAUUCCAUAGCACACAUGAUAAGUAACUGUUUCUUUUGCUAAAAAGAGCAAUUUCGUAACGAAAUAAGAAACGUUUGAGUUUCCCUUUAGGAGAAUGUUUUGAAAUGUAGAGUUUGUUUUGCUCACAAGCUAAAACCAUGACAAAAGUGGGGAUAGAGUGAGCAAGAUUUUUGCCUUUUGAAAUCAUACAAUUUACCAUAUAUAUCAAAUAAACAUCAUGUUUUCACUAAGGAUUCAUCAUUUUUUAAACCAAACUGUUACACUAAUUUAGAAGCUAGAAUUUCAAAACUGGUCAUGCAGUCAUGACAAAUUAUUACAAUGAAAAAUGACAACAAUUUUUUUUGAGGUCCUUGCUUUAAUUAUGUUUGAUGUGUUCCAAUCAAAGAUGCCUGUUUACCCUAUGGAAGUGAAUAAACAAAAAUGUGAGAAAUGUAGCAUCUUUUUAUACAAAUUGUGUGCUUAAAAUGAUUUAAGUGGCUGCAUUUGAGAAGAUAAAGAAUUCUUUCUUUCACAGUAAAUGUUCAUCUUUCUCUCCAAAAAGAGGUAGCAUAUUAGAAAGCAGUAAAAAUAGUUAGGAUGUUUUGUGUACUAUCAAUAUUUUGUAGUUAAAAGAUUUAUUUUUCUUUUUAGUAGCCUGAAGCAUUUGUUCUAGCUUUUAGAAUUCAUGGAUUUCAUACUGUUUAUAUUCCUAUUGGGAUUUAUAAUUGAUAUAGGCUAUCGAAUAACAUUCUAAAUGCACUUGGUUUCCAUUGCUGACAUGAAUAAUCCCAAACUGGGAAUGAACCCUAAUUGCUUUACAUUUUUAUUUCCUCGUAAUUUACUUUUAUUUGAUUUUAAGUCCAGUUGAACAAAAUUUACAUCUUUAAUUUCGAGCAAUGUUUUACUCCAUGGUUUUAUGCCCUGAUCACAUUUAGUAUUUAAUCAUAAUUAGCACUGUUUAUGUCAAACAACGAGGCAGGAUAUUCCUCCACUUGUAAAAUGCUAAUGUUUUAUGUCAGUGUGUUGAGCAAAUCCAUGUCUGGCGUUUAUAACUGUGAUUUCCCCUUAGCCUUUUUGUAUAUACAUGAUUGUCACCAUGUAAUUAACAUUGAAUUUCAUAAUUUAUAUAAGGUACAUACAGAUUUUGGAA